CCCAUGACCUGUAAUAAAUUACCCGACCUUAACCCGACCUGUCACGUGACGAAUCUGAGUACCAAGAAACCCGCCCCAGACCUGCCCAUUGCCAUUCCUAACUAAUCAGCCAUUUUGACGAAGGCCUUAUUAUGGUAAGUUGGUAACAGAACUGUAUAGUUCUACAGAAAACCAGCCUUGAUGCCAUAGGGGGCCUUAAAAGCCCAACAAAGAUGUUUGUCCCCGAUCCGAAAUUAGAUGGGCCAUGACUUGAGCCGCUGAAUUUCCAGACCUCGGUAUGAAACUCCAAUCAGAAAAAAAUCAAUUGUCGACCAACCACGGACCCACCUCUUUCCUUUGUCAUCAUCAUCUUCAACAUUCUGCAUAUCACUCAGUUGGGCUCACGUAUGAACGUUUAGAUAUUUAAGUUGUUUGUUGAAUUCAACUAUAAAUUUUUGGAUGUUUGAAUUUAAUAUUGUAUUUCAAAAUUAUGAUGAUUUUUUCCCGUUAUGUUUGGAAUGUUGUAUUUUAUUUAACUAUGGAUAUAGAUUUUAAUGUGAUUGUCUCCGAAUAUAUUAUAUAUAUGCGCCUAAAAUUCAUUUACUGUUAAUAAUUUCUCACUUUCCUACAUAAUUUGUAAGAAAUCGACAUGAAUCGGCACAAAUCAAUCAUACCACCGAUCAGACCAUACCAUUUGACAAAUCAAUAAUGACAUAAACCGAUUUAACAACCUUACUCUUAGCUCAUAUUUUUGCCAUGUGAUGGCACUUGAUCGGUGGGUGUGAGUGGGUGGGACUCGUGAGAAGAGAUGGACUGGCACUGCCAGCAGCACGACAAGGACCUGGGGAAAAAGCAUCUUUCUUUCCAUUCACCUAACUUUGUCUUAACUUUUCCAUUGUUAAGAACCGAAUUAAGGCUUCAAAGUUUCUAAUUCUGGUAAGCAAAUGAAAACAAAAACAAAAGCCCAACCCAAAUCCUAAUAUUUUUUAUCAGAGAAAGCUGCAAACCGCAAAUUCCUUAGACACAGAGCUUUCCAUAAUCAAGCCUUUGCUUUUACAACUAAGCUCUGUACAAACAUUCAAUUUGUAGAAACUAUAGAACCAUCAUUUUGGGCUUAACUGGAAUCUACAAGACCAAGAUUAGAAUGCACAAGCACAAGGCUCCAAGAAAGACUCCCUGUCGAAUCGAAAAACCCAGUGUCGAAGGUUUGUAUAUGAUUCCAAACCUUCCAUCGUCCAGUCUCUCUCACCGGUCCCCGCCCCACCAUUCUUGCAGCAUAUUUCCAUAGUGAGUUCCAGAGGAAGAAACCACUCCCACAUAUAGAGCUUGGCAUUUCUCUGAUGUAAACAAACAGAAUCCUCGGCACCCAAAAAAGAAAAGAUGAAUGGGUUUUCGUUGAAACCUUCGUUUCCUCUGUUGCUGCUUCUCUCUGUGUUGUUUCUUCAUCAUCAUCGCCACAUUCUGGCUGCUCCAAGUUCCCAGCACAAUCUCGCUGCUGACGAGAAGUCGCCCUUGUGGUCGUGGAUCAAGACUGGACCAGUACUGUCGUCCGUCAACAGGAAAGCCGGAGGUGGAAGGGGAGCCGGAGGCGGAAAAGGGGGGAAAGGUGGUGGAGGGAGAGUUCCACUAUAUGCAGCUGGAGGGGCGGCUGGAGCUGCCGCAGCUGCUACCGGGAUUGCUGCAACUGGAUCUCACCGCCGCAAUGGCGCAGCCUCGAACGGUGGGAAGCCCGGCCGCACUCUGCCACUUGCAGUCCUUUUGGCGGUUGCUCUGUUCUUCAAGCAUUUUGCAUAGGGAUGAUAGAUGUGGGGUUGUGUUAGGAGUUCCGUUGCUACGAGAUGUAAUCGUGAAUUUGUGAAUGUAGGUAGGAAGCUUUGGGUUUCUUAUCUAUGGAUGCUUAUUGUGAUUCAUCAACUGUAGAGGAAUUAUGUUUUGAGGCUGGUUAAUCGAAUUGGUAUUAUAUGAUCGAUUUGUAAGUGGAAAGAGAUAGGAGUGGUAGAAUUCUGAUUCCAUAGUCUUUGCAUUCAAAGUUCAACCCUAUGAUCACUAGACCAAAUUAUGAUUUUUUUGGUUCAAAAUUCGGGAUCAUAAUCAUCACAUGUACAAUCUCACUUUCGAGAACCGAAAAAAAUAUAAUGACUAUAGUCACAACAUAGCUAUUUAGUCUUUAGUAUUGCACCCUCAACAACUUGUUUAGUGAGAUCUCAUUUUCCUCUCAAGGGCAUCAGCUCUAGUGAUGACAAUGAGGCUGGACGGACCGGAGCGAGUAUCUCAAUACAUAUACUCGUCUCGC